ACAUUUAUUUCCUUUGACGAAGACGUUCGUUAUUUCGCACUUGAAACCCUUUAAUAGAGUUUAAUUAAUGAUUGCAUCUUUGUCUUUUAUCUUUAUCUUUCUCUUCCUCUUAUUGUUAUAGUCUGUGUCUUUUUUUUUCUUUUUUUUUUUUUUUUUUAUUACGAUAGUGACUCACGACGACAACUUGUGGAAUUCACGACAUGUUAAAACAUUUCAUUCAUUUUUUCAAGCCUUCCACAUUGACUAUUAAAUAUCGUACUAUUAUUAUUAACAAUUUAUAUUGAGAAUAAUAUAUUUUGAUUAUUUGAUUUGUGACGAAUAUAACGUUGACAACAAUUUCAACGAAAAUGUUCUCUUUUAUUCCCUCGGUGUUCCUCGAGGGUUGUGGUUGAAUUAUAAGUCGUGGGUGGUAAGGGAUGAUUCAUCCCUUCAUCGAAAGAAAACGAAUCGAUAUGAAAACCUUGUGCCUUCUCUCUUUCCGUCUCUCUUUCGUGCUCUCGUGUCGGACACGUGUCCUCAGAGUGACCCUUCUGAAGAAAUGAAGACAAAUUAUUAUCAACAUUGGUGAUGAAUAAGGUGCAAUUAAUCAGACUUAGAAGAUAUGGAAGAAGAUAAAUUAUUAUGAGCAACAUUGGUACAUUGACGAUUCUAAUUUUGCUAACAACAUUAACUGAUCUUAAAGCAGUGACGGUUGUUAACCAUCAUCCUGAUGACGAAUAUGUUCUCGAACAUGAAGUUCUUUAUGAAGAUGCGAUCAACGAAGCCAAGAAACUUCACAUUUUCCCUGGGCCAAUCCCAGGCUGUAAACAUUGCACCAAUUCAGAGAUAACCUAUUGUGAAAAUGGAAGCGUCAUCAAUGAUCAUUGCUGUUGCGAUGGUAGUUAUAACAAAGUGUUCCCCUUCGUUGAGCACAGUUGUCGCGUGGGACCAGAAGAAUGUAAAGUAGAGGCUGGAGACUGUGCCGAGUAUACAAGAUUACGCGAAUGUUGUUGCCAUACGUAUUUGGCAUCUAUGUGGAAAUAUUUAGCAACUGGUCAAGGAUCUCACAAUUAUUCAAAUUUAAUAAUGUUCCUUACGAUACUUGCAAUGGUGCUCGGAUUAUACAUAUAACGAUUAUCAAAUAUCAUUAAGAAAAAAACAUUACCAAAUAUUUU